UCGAGCCGGGGCCGAGGAAGCUCGGGAAGCCAGCAGAGGGCCGGAAUGAGCUUCCUGUUUAUUGCCAACAAACUGAGAAUCCAAGAGCCAGAGGUAGAUGAAUAUCAUCACUUUAUUCCACCACGAUCACCCGAUAGCUACUUGGGUGAGCUUCCGAGCAAGGUGAUGCGGUACUCUGAUGGCGAAGUCUCAGAAGCUUGGGGAUAUCACUGGUAUCGGGAUGAACAAAACCCGGCUGGGCAGCUCAUGCGCCUCGACCAAGGGGGCAGUUACAUGCUGGACCCAGCCACGGGUUACUGCGUCUGCGCUGAAGGGUAUAAGACCUUUGCCGUCGCUGCUUGUAACCCCCUACUCCCCAUCAUGGUGGCCGACCAAGACCCCCUCGUCUACUCAACGAGCUGGGAGCUUUUGCGCAUCUUUCACCCCCCACACAGCCGCGGCCGCUCUCAGGUCGUCACACUCGAAAGCAACAUGGGACCCGGGGGCGCUCCAGUCCGCUACGUCGCCGGCCGGUCACCCAGUUGGAUGCCCGGCCUCCUGCCGAGGACAUACCGUUCGCCUACCGCACAUCCACCAGAGUCGGCGGGCCUGGGGGGAGAGUUGCCCAUCGUACUGGGGCUGAUGGCGCUGUGCGCUGAAAAGGGUCCAAAUAGCAACGAGGCUAUAAACCAGCUGUUUUUGGACCGGCGAACGUGGCGGCGGAAUGAAUGGAGGGGUGGCGACACACCACGGGGUUGUGAGUACUUGCUCGUCUCCUCUGCUCGGCUACGACUAAUGACUUGGUGUGUUAUAGAUCCGGAUACUGCCCAAGACGACCCAUGCGCCUUUCUUGUCAAGGUGUUUCUCGAUCCAGAGAACCCAGCGAGUACAGCAGAGUCCCUUGCGGGGUUUGAGUGGCACUCUGCUGUUGUCCGCGAGUCUUGA